UACUACGACGAUGCGGCGGGCAUCCUGCGCAUGGUCAUCCUGUCGGCGGUGGCCCCGCACCGCCUGCUGGCGCCCCCCAACCCGCCCAUGUCGCUGUCCGACCCGGCCAACCCGGAGGACGCCAUUGGCAACCACGCCUGCCUGGGCUCCAUGAGCGACAUCCAUGAGGGGGAGGAGGACGACGAGGAGGUGGCGGCCAAGGCUGCCCUGUUUGCGCAGCUGGCGGGCACCCAGGAGGAUGACCUGACGCUUCGUCCCGACGAGGAACUGCGGUGCGUGCUGGCCAUCAUCCGGCACGGCGACCGCACCCCCAAGCAGAAGAUGAAGAUGAAGGUCACCCAGGCCCCCCUCCUGGCGCUGUGCAACAAGUACCUGGACUCCAAGGGCAAGCAGGCCAAGCUCAAGAGCCCCUCCGAGCUGCAAGACCUGCUGGACGUGGUGCGGCAGCUGCUGGAGGAACUGGAGAUGCCUCGGGCAAAACCCGCGGAGGCCAGCCUCCCCGAGGACCAAGCCGCCACAGCAGCGGACGACACCUUGCAGGACGAGGAGUUCCGCGAGAAGUUCCGCAUAGUCAAGACCAUCCUGGAGCAGGGCGGACAGUUUGCCGGCAUCAACCGCAAGGUCCAGCUGAAGCCGCUGCGCUGGGCCUCGCCCGCGGAGGGCGAGCCCGCCGCCCGCCCGCGCGUGGCUGAGGCGCUGCUGAUCCUGAAGCACGGCGGGGUGCUGACGCAUGCGGGGCGGGGCCAGGCGGAGGCGCUGGGCUCCCUGUUCCGCAACAUCAUGUACCCGCAGCACGGACCGUCGGGUGGGGGCCUGCUGCGCCUGCACUCCACCUACCGCCACGACCUGAAGAUCUACUCCAGCGACGAGGGGCGGGUGCAGUGCUCCGCGGCGGCCUUCACCAAGGGCCUGCUGGACCUGGAGGGGUCGGCGCUGACCCCCAUCCUGGUCAGCCUGGUGACCAAGGACACGGGCAUGCUGGACGCGUACGGCAAGGGCGCCAGCGAGGACAUCCAGCGCGCCAAGGCCGAGCUGUACGCGCAGAUGACGCUGGACCCGGAGACGGGGACCUCACGCUGCGCCGCCCCGCACUCCACCACGCCCCUGGUCUCCCCGCCCGCCAGCCCAAAGCCCGCGGAGGGGGUGGGCAGGGGCGGCAGCGCCGAGUCCAGCGUGCACGGCCAGGCGCGGUCGCUGUCGCGCAACGCCUCGGCCAGCGCAUCCACCAUCCGCGCCGCCGCCAGCGCGCUGAAGCUGGCCCAGGGCACGCUCGCGGACUCGGAGGCAGAGGGCUUUGUGGAGGGCGCCUCCAACAUCGAGGGGCGGCCCCACAUCUUCCCCAUGCCCGAGCAGCCGCUGGAGACGCUGAAGACCAUGCACGUGCUGCUGGGGGCGCUGGUGGAGGACCUGCACCAGCUGUGCGUGGAGGAGCAGCGGCCGAAUGCCGACGCCGGGCGCUCCUACUCCGUCCUCAACCAGGACCCCAAGGACUGGGUGUUCGAGGAUGACAAGCCGUGCAGCGGCGAGCGGCUGCUCCUGCUGUACGAUCGCUGGCGCAAGCUGGCCAAGGCCUUUUACAGCGAGAAGAAGAGCCAGUUUGACAUCAGCAAGGUGCCGGACAUCUACGAUGCGGCCAAGUACGACGCGAUCCACAACGCCACCAUCAUGGGGCCCAAGAUCAAGGACGUCUACCUGACGGCCAAGGUGCUGGCCGAUGCCGCCAUCCCCAACGAGUACGGGAUCGAGCCGGAGGGCAGGCUCCGCAUCUCCACAGCCAUCUGCUCACAGCUGCUGGGAAAGCUGCUGGCCGACAUGGCGUACAUGCGUGAGGAGAGCCUGGCCACAGCAGGGCAUGACAUCAACUCUCCACUGCGCCAUGUCCGCACCCGCAUCUACUUCACCUCUGAGUCCCACAUGCACGCGCUGAUGAACAUCGUGCGUUAUGCGCACCUGGGCACCGGGAGCAACGGGGAGGCGCUGAGCUCCGUGCUUUCCAGCGAGGGGCAGGAGGUGCUGGCCUCUACGCGCGAGCUUGACUACAUGACGCACUGGGUGUUCCGCAUGUUUGAGAACAAAUCGCUGCCUCUCAACGACCCGCGCCGCUUCCGUGUCCAAAUCCUGUUCUCGCCGGGGGCAGCACACAACCCAUUGGAGGUGGUGCCCAUCCAGAUGAACCACACCCUGCCCGUGAGGGCGCGCGUGCCGGUGCACAGCAAGGGUGAGGUGGAAAGCGCGAAUUGCAUGCGACCGGUGCCUGCAGAAGUUUGCCUUCAGUUUCAGGAAGGGCUGGAGUCAGCCAUUUGUUUAAACCAUUACCAUGGUCCCGAUUUCCCCUCACAGAGGAUCCCACGGAGGGCAAGGGCGGCGUUCCACUCGCGCAGCUGGAAAGCACGCUCAAACCUUACGCAAAACCAUUCAAGCGGCAGUCGGUGA